AUGUCUCUCUCCGCCUCCGAACUGCUAGCGAUACGUGACUUCCUCGUCACAGUGGCCAGAGAAGCAGGCGAUGUCAUCACCUCCGCGAAGUUCCCUCCAGCGGACUUCACAGCCAGGAAAUCGAGCAGAGCUGAUUCAAGAACCACGCACGAAUCGCCCGACAUUCCAGCCACCACGGACAUCGUCAGCGACACGGACAAAGCGGUCGAGAACCUCAUCGCCACGCGCCUGAUCGCCAAGUACCCAGAGUACGACUUCAUCGGCGAAGAUGCAGAUCAGGGCGCGGCGGCGCCUGCAUCCACCGCCGCCGCCGCCGCCGCCGCCGCCCUCACCCCGGCGCCCACCUGGAUCGUCGACCCCAUCGACGGCGCCGCCAACCUCGUCCGCGGCCUGCCCGAAGUCUGCGUCUCCCUCGCCCUCGUCGUCGCCAAGCAGCCCGCCGUCGGCGUCGUCUACAACCCCUUCCACCGCGACCUCUUCACCGCCGUCGCCGCCGCCGGCCGCGGCCACGCCUUCCACCAACACCCGGCCCUCAACGGCGGCGAGCCCCAGCGACUAGCAGUGCCGGGCCCCCUCCUCCGCACGAACCCCCCGCCGCCGCACGGCCUCCGCAACGCCCACGUCGGCGUCGACCAGCUUUUUAUUGGCGGGGGCAGCAGCAGCAGCAGCAGCGAUGAAUUAGACAGCAACGCCAACCUCCUCCCCCUCGACCCCUCCUCCUCCCUCUCCGCCGCCGGCGCCCUCCUCCGCGUCACGAACUGCACCUCCGAAUCCAUCUGCCGCGUCGCCGCCGGCCAGCUCGACUGCCACUGCUGGUGGCGGCGGCGGCGGCGGCGGCAGCAGCAGCAGCAGCAGCGCGGCCACGAGCAGCACAUCAUCGACGUGGUGCCGGCUGCGGCGUGGUGCGUGCUGCGCGAGGCGGGCGGCGUCAUCGUCGUCGAGGGCGACGGCGACGGCGACGGUGGCGGUGGCCUGCAGCAACAACAGUCUGGCAGUUGGGAUCCGUCGAUCGUGCGGGAUGAGUACCGGCGGUGUCUGGCUGUGAGGCCGAUGGCGAGGGCGACGCGGGAAGAGGGAGAGGAAGAGGAAGAAGAGGAGGAGGAGGAGGAGGAAAACGCAGAGUUGAGCGCACGGGGGGGAGGCAGAGGAAGAGUUUCGUCUGGGCAGAGGGAGUUGGUGGACGAGUUUUGGGGGUUGGUUGGCGAGCGGACGUCGGUGUAUAUAUAG